AUGGCAUCUCGAACGGUCGAGCCUCAAGUCAGGCCUGAACCAGACGACUUUUCUGCCCGCAGCUCAGAUGAGCUAAGUUUGGCCAAAGGAGAUCGAGUUGAGUUGAUUGAAAGAGACGACGACUUCGGAGAUGGAUGGUAUUUAGGCCGUCAUCUAAAUAAAGGAAAUAGUGGGCUCUUCCCAGAAGUCUACACCCGUAUUGCCCCUCGAGGAUCCCUUCUCUGUCUACAGAACUCGCCCUUGACAGAUCAAAAGCUUGAUCUAACCUCUAAAGCUCCAAACUCGCAGAACAUACAACGAUCUUUGAGUCCAACGCCAGCCUCCGGAAGACCAACAGCAUCUGAUUCCGUCAAAGUCGCAGUGAAUUCAGAAUCUAAUGAUUUAUCCAUCACAUCAAAUAUAGAGACACAAGUAUCUAGUGUAUCGUCCUGUAGCCCAGCCGUGGCUAUCUAUUCAGAAGGUGCUAAUAAACUUCAAAAAACCUCUAUAAUCGAUAGCCCCCAAAAACACGGCCAAGACAGCCCGGUGAUGAACGAGACUUUAAGCGUUAUUAAUGAGCAUAUUACCAACCUGAAUUCUUCACAGGAAAAUGCCUUGAAUGGAGAUAAGCAGGCAAAUAGCGACUCCGGCAGUGAAUACAGUAGCCACGCAGAGCCUAGGCUAUCUUAUAUACAAGGAGAAGAGACCGACGAGGAUGAGGAUGAAGUUAUCUACACCCGAGAACAAGUAACUAUGUGGUCCCCAGAGCAGGUUUCAGAACAUUUGUUCAUUAUCGGAGUUGAACCCAAACACUGCGAGGUCCUUUUAGAUCAGGAAAUCACUGGCGACGUACUUCUUGGAAUGGAUCAAACCUCUAUCUUUUUAAAGGAGUUCGACUUUGGCUCAGUAGGCCGAAGACUAAAGACAUGGCAAAAAAUCAAAUUUCUUCAGGACGAAGUCAAAAGGAACUCUAUCAUUAAGAAUACUGGAGUUCGUAGCAGUGAAUUAGUUGAAGAUUUCAAUCGUCACAGGAGUCGUAGCUCUAGCUCUUUCGCCACGCUUCCGAAAUCAAUCACCACUCACGAUAGACAAAAUUUGUCCUUCAGUUCUGCGCCAACACAGCAAAAGUCUGCGAAAAACGACAACGCUGUGAUACCACCAAACUUUUCGGGUAAAAUAAGCUCAGAAGAUGCUCACACCAUGGGGGAAAUAGACAAGGUUUCUAACGCGCGACAGAAAUAUCACUCACAACAGAACUCACUCCACGACUCGAAUCAAGUUAUCAGCUUAGGACCUGUCACAAAUAAAUCCUCGGCAAAUUCUCGAGUUGAUUAUCACAAUAGACAAGCUUCCUUCGAUAAAGAUUGGAAAAUGGAAAAUUCCGCCACACCAGCUCGCCCUAACCGCUAUAUAACGUCUGAGGUAAAAGCCGCCCCACGAACUAGCACCCGAACAUCCUUGGAGAAUCAACGCACCUCUAAACACACUGCGUCGUCAACGAUUGAACUGCUUGAAUCUGGAUACUUUUCUGUUGGCGAGACUGACGGUGUUGUUAGAAAUUUUCCACGAAAGCGGGAAGUAACGGGUAUACAAACUACCAUACACUCAAGAAACUCAAGCUACACAGAUGAGCAUAGGAUGCGUGUUUCUUCCGCACAAAAAUCCCAGAAAAAUCACAAUAGGUUUGGAAGUGUAGAUUCUACUCGAGAAGUAUCCUCAAACUCCGCGGCUGCAAAAUAUUAUGGACUUUCUGGUAUUAGUGGGCGCCGUCGUAUGACUUCAGAAUCUUCAAAGACUUUAGUUACUGGCACACCUCCAAAAGAUUCCAUAUCUCUUACUUCUCCCGCUGUCACAAAACUUGAGGGUGAAUCUUUUGUGCGCCCAGUAAAAUCCAACGAUGUUCGACAUGGAAAAGGUGACUUUUUAACAACCAUGAAGUCUGCUUCGAGCGGACGUUUUGGACUUAGAGCAAUAUCUGAUGCCGUUACCGGUCACGAAAAAUUACGUGCAAACCAUCCACCAGACGCCACAUUACCAACUUCAUCUAAAUAUUCACCAACAGAAUCAUCGCUAGGUACAGGAACAAGUACGCCAUCUGGCGGACAGAGCUUUGAUUUUGACUCAUCUGGUAUAAAAAGUGCGAGCUCGCUGUCGACCAGUAAUAGCAACGGACGGAUAAAGAAAAAAUCAAAACAAGAAACUAGUGCCUACACUCGAGGUCUUGAGCGAAAAACACCCAAAGAAGCAAUCGCUCUUGCCGAUUACAGUGGAUGGAUGAAGAAGAAGAGUACCAAUCUUAUGGCAUCUUGGAAGCCACGUCUAUUUAUACUAAAAGGUCGCCGUCUUUCGUACUAUUACAGCGAAGAUGACGAUGGAGAGAGAGGGCUUAUAGAUAUUUCUUUCCAUCGGGUUUUACCUGCUGAUAAUGAUCGUCUUACUGGAAUUCACGCUGCUCUCACAGGUGCCUCAGCUAACUCUAAUAUGAAUGCAUCCGCUAAUGCGAAAGAUUCAACCACAGAGCCUGAGUUCUCUUUUAUGAAAGGAACAGAAUCGAUGUUUAUAUUCAAACUAGUUCCUCCACGAGCUGGACUUCAAAGAGCCGUCACUUUUACAAAACCAACGGUACACUACUUUGCAGUACCAAAUGUUCAACAUGGCCGCCUCUGGAUGGCGGCACUUAUGAAAGCGACGAUUGAACGUGAUGACUCGGCACCUCUUAAAUCAACUUACCAACAGCAAACUAUUUCUCUCACAAAAGCACGAGCCUUGAGACAUCGUCCACCUGCCCUAAUGAAUGUUAACGAGCAGGCUGAUGAAGAAGCUGUAGAAGACCAACAAGGCUAUGGGAAUGACUCAUUAGAUAUUUCUGGCAUUGUUUAUAGCAUUGAACCUCGAAAAGGAGACAGUGGUGUGUCCGGUGUAUCUAAACUAGAUACGAAAGCGCGCGACAUGGUAAGAAAUGGCCAUCUUAUGGUUCCCGAAAGAACGGGGGAUGAAUUACUCCAGCCAAAUACAGCUUGA